UUCUGAACUCACUUCUCAUAUCGUUCUGUUUUCUGAUCUUUUGAUGGGAUGCUCGUUUUCUAAGUGAAUCAUCCGCCUUCUUCUUCUUCUUCUUCUUCCCCUUCUCCGUCAUCAGCAUCAUCACAAUCACAAUCACCCUCCUCACCAUUACCAGCAGCGACUUCCAUCCGCAAACCACCGGUACCAACGAGUGCAAUUUCCGCAAUGGAGGGAGUCGCUACGACAGCAAUGCAUCGCAAAACGGUACAUGCUCAGCAACCGCAAGCGCUGGGAACCCCGCCGCCCUACCAACCACUGCAGCAGCCCCAGUACCAACAGCAGCAGCAGCAGCAACAACAAUACAGUCAACAACAACUACUACUACAACAGCAGCAGACAGCGUUGCCGAUGGACGUGCUGCAGGACUUGCUGCUGCUGAGCGGAGUCGGAGCGACGCCCGCUGGUGAAACCGCCAAUGCCCCGCAGCUUUCUCAGAGCAACCUCGCUGCGCACAUGUACAAUAACGCGCAGAUGCAGCAACAGAUUCAGCAAAUGCAGCAGCAAAUCCAGCUCCAGUUGCAGCUCCAGCUGCAGCAGCAGCAGCAGCAGCAGCAGCAGCACGCAGCAACGCUGACAACCGCAGCAACCGCAGUAACCGCAGCGCCGAGAACGCUUGGACCGGCUGCUCCUACGACGACUACGACGACCACGAACACUAGCACUACGACAACCUUGAAUAGUGCUGGCAUGAGUGGCGCAACAACGCAACGCAUGCUGCAGCAGGGCCAGCAGCACGGCGAUUUGUGGCCGACGUCGUUCCAUAUUGGUGGCGGAAUUGACACGAACAGCUACAUGUCGCAAACCCAGCAUCAAGGGGCAUCCGCAAUGGCGGGCGUCGUUGCUUCGAAUCAGAGUACAGAUAGCAUUGGUAGCACCGCUAGUGCGAUCGGAGGACUACCGUUCAUGAUGUCCGCCGCUGCGUCGACUGCUGGAUCGGGCGCCUUCCAUCCGGACACGAUGCUUGCCGCCAGCCACGGAGAUUUCCAAGGGACGGCGACGCCCUUGCUCUACCCAAGCAUGAUGCACACCGGACACACAGGCGAGCAGCAGCCAUUGCUACUGCAAGAACAAUUCCCAAGCGCAAAAUCAUCCGCACUGUUCUCUGCGAGCAGUGAAUCCGUGUCAUCGUCGUCGCUGAAUGGAUUUGGGUUUUCCCCCAUGCUCAUGCACGCCGUGCCUGAAAUGGGUUUUGCUGGCAAUCCACGGCUGUCCACCCUGUCACAAGGUGCGAUGAACGACUUGCACCCAGUGCUCAAAACCAUCGUGUACCAGCAACAACAGCAACAGCAACAGCAACAGCAAGAAACACACCCGUUGUUGCUGCAAGAUCACACAUACCGAAUGCAACUCCAGCAACAACAAACCGCCAUGCGUCAGCCGUCACCUGCAGAGUCUCCACGAUGGUCGCCUUCAGCUGGAGCCUCCCCUGUCGCUUCGAAUGCAGAAUCGACAACGAGCAGCAGUUACUCAACCACCCCGACCCUCUCGUCUUCCAGGCCCGCCGCCUCGUCCGCCAGCCAUUACACUGCUGCCGCCUCGGUCGAUCAGGCGACGCUCCAGCUGCACAAACUUCUUGAAGGCUCAUUUGCUCUUCCUCAGGCCCAACCGGUGCCGGCACGCAGUUCGGGCGCCUUCCCUUCGCCACCCACAUCCGAGCCGCUGGCGUCGCAGGGGUUGCCCACAAAAGGUACUGCUGCUGCGGCUGCAGCUGCGGCUGCUGCAGCUCGUCCGCUGUCUUCUCCACCUACCAGCAAUAACAACCCUACUUUCUCCGCGCCAGAAGAGCUCUAUGACAUGAACCCCGCCACACCACCUGGUGGAGACAACGAGGACGAGGAGAACACUGCGACCGACAAACCCUUAUCAGUGCGCGAUUGCCGCACAGCCAGCGAAAAGCGCCGCCGCCAACGCUUGAACGACAAGUACGAGACGCUCAAGCGAAUGGUGGUACCGCUCGCGACCAUUCAAGACGCGCGUCGCCCGCUGAGCAAGGACGAGAUUUUGGAUCACGCCAUUCGCAAGCUAAAGCACAUGAAUGCCGCGCUUGACUCUGCGCGGGAGAGCCUGAGAAUCAGCCAGACGGAGCAGGCAUCGCAACUUGAGCUCCUCGGCAACCAGAGCCGCUCCCCCACCGUCGAGCAACACACCAGCCGCAACCACCACGUCCCAUCUUCCAUCGUGGAGCUCACCGAUGACGUCCAGGAUUUGGUGGGCUCGCUGAACGGGCAGCCAAUGGCGACAUUGUUGCCUUCCCCAUCACCCAAUACCAUUGUGAAACGCAUGCCCUCGCGCCUCACGGACGAGAAUGUGUUCAUUUCUGUUCUUGAAACAAGCAUCAAGGUCAUGCAGUCGCCCAUCAACCGCGAAGUGAUUGAUCUCGUCCACGGCAGCACAGGCGACAUUUCGCAGCUCUUUUCGCGGCUUUGCCGCAUUUCUGGGCCAUGGCACGAGCAAGCACUGAUGGCGCACGAUGUUGGUAUUUCGGAUUCUCAGUCUGCCUUCGAACAGUUUUACACGUUUAGUCACGCUCAUUGGUUCAACCCGACUGUUCGACGUCUGUGGAGCCAGGUGCAGCUGCUCACAUACUGCCCUUCAACCCAGCUCGCAAUUGCGCCCAGCUCCGACGGCUCCACAACCACCUGCGUUGUUCCCCGCCGUACACCACUGACGGCUGAGCAAAUUCGCGCCAUUCUCGUCGAUAUCCAUGCCGAGCUCGCUAGUCCACGCAUGCACUCCAACAUUGUGGCAACCAUGGCGGAGCACGACGCUCAAACAGGGUCACUCAGCUCCGACGUUGACCGAUUGGCGCGCUUGUUCUUGCCCGUUUGGUUGGAUAUUUUCCGAAAGCACGGCAUGCGCGGAGAAGCGCCCGACAUUGCCACGUUCCAAGCCGCUGCCUAUGCGAUCGACGACCCUGUGGUGGUUGAGCUCACGUGGACCAUUUCCCGCUAUGGAUUUGUGCUGUACUGCCGUGACCUCAUGCGCACCUUCAACCCGCAUCAAGCCAACUAGCCUUUUGCUUUCCGUCUGAGCUUUUGCCUGGGCUCUUGUGGAUUUGAUACCCUUUUUGCCUUUUUGUUUUUGUUUGUUUUGUUCCUUUGUCGUUCAUGGUUGUCGCAAUUUGUUUGCGCUUGUUCAAUGCAAUUGUAAUCGAUUUUUUCUCUUCACCAAGCAUGAUCCUAUCAUCACCACUUCUGGAUGAACAUUUCUCGCAUGAGCAGUUCUUGUUGAUCAACACACGAAAAUAAAUACUUCUAAAC